AUGAUCCGGUGCAAGCACACUGGAUUGUCCGGCCCGGUGUCCAUGACACAAGUAAUAGCGGUAGCGGGCGAACCCGUGUACCUCCCGUGUGACAUCGCGUCUACAGACGAGGAUGACGCUGUGCUGCUAGUGUUGUGGUACAAGGAGGACCUUGGAACGCCGAUUUACAGUGUCGACGCUCGAGAACGGGAUUUCGGCGUCGCCGAGCGAUGGUCCGACGAAAGCGUCUUCGCGUCCCGAGCGUACUUCUUGCCGGAACGAAGACCGGCAGAGUUGGGAGUAGACCGCGUAAAAGCGACCGACCAAGGCAUCUACCGGUGCCGGGUCGACUUCAAACAGGCCCAGACGAGGAAUUCUAGGGUCAAUCUCACUGUCAUAGUGCCUCCAAGCAAGAUGGUGAUCACAGACGACCAGGGCGCCGUCAAACAGGCCAUCGUUGGGCCCUACGUUGAGGGCGACUCGUUUACGCUCAAAUGUGACGUCAGUGGAGGCCGUCCUCGACCAUGGGUGAAAUGGUUCAGGGACGAAGUGGAGACAGACACGCCGGCGACGCCCCUCGUGAACAACGGGGUGCGGGGUGUGCUCCGCGUGGGGCCCCUCACGCGGGCCGACGUGAGGGCCACACUCACGUGCCGCGCCUCCAACCACCAGCGGGCGCAUCCUAUUGAGACCACGCUCACUUUAGAUAUGAACUUUCCACCUCUAACUGUCCACAUCCUGGGCUCAAACCAGCCGCUGUCCGCCAGCAGACGCUACGACCUGCUCUGCCAAAGUUCAGGGUCGAGACCCCCUGCCUCCAUCACCUGGUGGAAGAACGGCCACAGGAUCAACAACGCUAAAGAGACGUUGUCAACGGAUGGCAACACGACAACAUCAACAGUGUCACUGCUGCCGAGCAAAGCAGACGCGGGCGCGAGACUUGCCUGCCGGGCAUCAAACCCGGCAAUGCCGCAGAUAUCGCCAUUGGAAGACGGUUGGACGUUGGAUAUUCAGUACAUCCCUGAGACUACAGUUCGACUUGGGACCAAUCUUGAUCCUACCAACAUCAGGGAAGGCUCUGACGUGUAUUUUGACUGCAUCAUCAAGGCACAUCCCUACGUUUACAAAGUAGAAUGGAGGCAUAAUAGCAAGACCCUCCUCCACAACAUCGGCCAAGGCAUCAUCAUCAGCAACCACUCCCUAGUCCUCCAAGGAGUCGGGAGAAGAACCGCUGGCAACUAUACCUGUGUCGGCUUCAACGCUGAAGGCGAUGGCGAGAGCAAGCCCUUCUCCUUGGAUGUGCUUUACGCCCCGACAUGCCGCAGCUCACAACAGCGAGUGCACGGAGUAGCAAAGCAGGAGCGUGCACACAUCACAUGCCACGUCGACGCUAAUCCAUCUGACGUCACUUUUCGUUGGACCUUCAACAACACAGCAAAUAGCAACGAAGUAAGCGAUUCGUAUGUGUCUCGCGCCGGCACGAGCUCAACAGUCACAUACACGCCACACACUGAGAUGGAUUACGGCACUCUACUCUGCUGGGCGCAUAACAGGAUCGGAAAGCAAAGGGUGCCCUGUGUGUACCAUAUUAUUGCUGCUGGACGACCAGACCAAGUGCACAACUGCACAGUUGUGAACGCGUCGCUAACGUCAUUUGGAGUCCGUUGCAUGGAAGGUUUCAAUGGCGGCAUGCCGCAAUCCUUCCUUCUGGAGGUUCGGGAGAUCGUCACGCAACAAAUCGUGGCAAAUGUGUCCAGUGCGGUCCCCCGCUUCACGGCGGUUGGUCUACAACCCGGGCGUACGUACGCCGCGGCGGUUCUGGCGUACAACGCGAAGGGGAGGGGCGAACCGUUCCCGCUGCGCGCGGGGACGCUGCGACCGCCGGAGAAGCAUCAUGUGCAUGAUAAGAGCUUACAGGACUUACCCCGAACCGCCUUCCAAAUGUCCGGCACGAUGUCAGCCGCCGUCGGCGGCGGCGGCGUGCUAAUGGUCGUGGUAGUUCUCUUCAUGAUCGCUGUGCGGCAGCGCUGUGCCAAACGCAAGCCCCGAUCGGCGCCCGCGCCGACGUCACAACCAGCCUCUCCAGACAAGCUGAGAGAAAAGGAUGACAGUGAAAGCGAUGAUAGGAACCCGGAUAUAAUACCGUCCGAUACGGAUCAGAUGCAGAUGGAUUACUACCGGCAACAGCAAGUGUCCACAAUAUCCCCACCGCUGGGCAGCCGCGGGCCACGGGGCAGCGUAGCUGGGGUCCGCGGGGGUCUGCCAGGGUAUUGCCCGCUCCGCACAGCGCCUCCACCGUCACACCCACCAAUGCACGAGACAGGGAGCGCAUCCGGCAUCCCGCCGCCCGCACGCUUCGCGUCCGGCUCGUGCACGCUACCCCGCGGCACCACACUCGCGCCCGGGUGCAUCCCGCUACAGCACCUGCGUACGCUGCCGCGGCCGCUGCCCGCACCCGUGCCCCUCCCGCGCGCCACCCCCCGCGACACCCCGCUCUGACAAACAACGCAGCUGUAGGACAUGUAAAUAAUUUGUGCUCAAUCGUUCGGUGACAAGUUUGGAUUUUGUGAAGGUGCGUUUCCAAUUAUUUUUUACUAAUUUGAACUACUUAACUUGUUCACGGACAGCUAGUGACGUCAUCUGGCAUAGGCUAA